AUGACGACUUUACCUGAUUUGGACCGAUAUCUAGCUAUAGAUUGCGAGAUGGUUGGAUGUAAAAGCGGUCAAGCGUUAGCCAAAGUUGGUAUAGUCAAUCAUGAAGGAUCCGUCAAACUCGAAUCGUUUGUCUAUGUCAAUCCGGGGAAUGUCACUGAUUAUAGGACGUCAUCAAGUGGGAUCAAAGCAGGCGAUUUAGAAGGAGCUCCUAUAUUCGAAGAUAUCACUGCCAAAGUCAAAGAUUUGCUCAAAGGUAAAAUCGUUGUUGGUCAUACAUUAUUCAAUGAUUUGAAUGCAAUAGGACAUAGACAUCCAUAUGAAGAUUUUCGAGAUACAGCUUUAUAUUACCCUUUGCGAAAAAAGUUGGGUGUGAAUAGGGAAGGUGAUUAUCCAAGUUUGAAGAGACUUUCCAAAGUGAUUUUGGGGGUUGAUAUUCAACAAAAUGGUGAUGCAGGGCAUGAUCCUAUCGAAGACGCAAGAGCUACAAUGUCAAUCUUUCUUUCCGUAAGAGAAGAGUACGAAUCUUCUCUGGCAAAAGAUGAGGACGUCGUGUCUGGAAUUCCCGCGUGA